AUGAGUUUUAAGUCCUCUGUUCUUGUUGAUCCUCUGUCUCUGUUACAGACAUGGAACUACAAGCACCAAACUCCGUGUUCUUGGAGAGGAGUCUCUUGUAAUAACGACUCUAAAGUCGUGACUCUGUCUCUCCCCAGUUCUCAGCUUCUGGGUACGAUUCCUUCUGACUUGGGUUCUCUCAAAACCCUUCAAAGUCUCGACCUUUCCAACAACUCCUUCAAUGGGCCAUUACCGGUUUCGUUUUUCAACGCAACAGAGCUCCGAUUCCUCGACCUCUCCAGUAACAUGAUCUCCGGCGAAGUUCCUGCGGCAAUCGGCGAUCUUCACAGCCUUUUAACGCUUAACCUCUCUGAAAAUGCCUUGGCGGGAAAGUUACCGGCUAAUUUGGUGUCACUGAGAAACUUGACGGUGGUCUCUCUGGAGAAUAACUACUUCUCCGGCGAGAUUCCAGGCGGAUGGAGAGCUGUUCAGUUUCUAGACCUCUCGUCGAAUCUUAUAAAUGGUUCACUACCACCGGAUUUCGGCGGGGCUAAUCUCCGGUACUUUAAUGUCUCGUUUAACCAAAUCUCCGGCGAGAUUCCUCAGGAGAUCGGCGCCGAUUUCCCCAGAAACGCCACUGUUGAUUUCUCCUUCAACAAUCUAACCGGUUCAAUCCCCGAUUCUCCGGUUUUCCUUAACCAGAAAUCGGAUUUAUUUUCCGGAAACCCGGGUCUUUGCGGAUACCCGACCCGAAACCCGUGUACCAUCCCUUCCUCACCGUCGACAGUCUCCGACGCCGCCGACGUACCGACGUCUACACCAGCAAUCGCCGCCAUACCGAACACAAUCGGUUCGAACCCGGUUACGGAUCCAAACACACAACAAACCAACCCGAAUCAUCGACCCGGUUUGCGACCAUGGGUUAUAACCGGGAUCGUAAUCGGAGAUAUCGCCGGAAUCGGAGUCCUCGCAUUGAUUUUCCUCUACAUCUACAAAUGCAAGAAGAACAACAGAGUCGAUAACACCAACCACAGCAGCAAGCAACGAACCGAAACAGACACGAUCACGUUUUCACCAUCUUCCUCUACAUCACCAGACGAAUCGAGAAGAUUCACGAAAUGGUCGUGUCUGCGAAAAGAUCCCGAAACGACGCCGUCAGAUGAAGAGGACGACGAAGAGAGCAGUUACAAUGCAGAUAACGGAGAGAACAAGAAUGGGACGUUAGUGAUCGUUGACGGAGAGAAGGAGAUGGAGAUUGAGACUCUGCUUAAAGCUUCGGCUUAUAUUCUAGGAGCCACUGGUUCGAGUAUAAUGUACAAAGCCGUUCUCGAAGACGGUACGGUUUUCGCGGUUCGUCGGCUCGGUGAGAACGGUUUGACUCAGCGCCGGUUUAAGGAUUUCGAAUCCAACAUUCGAGCCAUUGGGAAACUGGUUCACCCGAAUUUGGUCAGACUCCGUGGGUUCUAUUGCAGUACCGACGAGAAAUUGAUCAUUUACGAUUUCGUCCCUAACGGCAGCCUCGUCAAUCCCCGUUACCGAAAAGGUGGGCCUUCAUCGCCAUACCAUCUACCGUGGGAAACUCGGCUCAAGAUAGCAAAGGGAAUCGCACGUGGGCUAGCUUAUCUCCACGAGAAGAAGCACGUGCACGGAAACUUAAAGCCCAGUAGCAUACUUUUGGGCCACGACAUGGAGCCCAAAAUCGGCGAUUUCGGACUCGAAAGGCUUAUAACCGGUGAAACAAGCUACAGCCGAGCCGGUGGGUCGUCUCGUAUCUUCAGCAGCAAGCGUUCCACCAUGUCUUCACGGGACUUCUCGACCUUCGGUCCCACACCGAGUCCGAGUCCAAGCUCCGUGGGUCCGUUAUCGCCUUAUUGCGCACCGGAGUCGUUUCGGAGCUUAAAACCAAGUCCGAAAUGGGACGUUUUCGGGUUUGGAGUGAUCCUCCUAGAGCUUCUCACGGGGAAGAUCGUGUCCGUCGAAGAGAUUGUGCUAGGGAACGAUCUGACGGUAGAGGACGGACACCGUGUACUGAGAAUGGCUGACGUAGCGAUCCGCGGCGAGUUAGAAGGCAAAGAAGACUUUUUACUCGGUUGUUUCAAGUUAGGCUAUAACUGUGCAUCUCCGGUUCCUCAAAAACGGCCGACGAUGAAAGAAUCUUUGGCUGUUCUUGAAAGAUUCCCUACUAAUUCCUCUGUUGUUAAGUCUCCAUCGUUCCAUUACGGACAUUACUGA